CUCUGUGUGGUGGCCAACCACAAACAGCGGCUUUUCACUGUAAUUUUACUGGAAAAUCUAUAAAAAUAGGUUAAUUUAAGUAAUAAAUACCUGUGCAAAGAAUUAAACAGACAUGGCGGAUGCCGCAGCUCGUCAGCUGCAGUACGAGUACAAGGCGAACUCCAAUCUUGUGCUGCAAGCCGAUGUCCGACUCAUCGAACGACCGCGACGGGAUGAGGCCACCGGAGAAGUGUGUUCUUUGGUGGGAAAGCUUGACGGAACUCGGAUGGGUGAUCGUUACCAGCGAACGAAGCCGGAGAAAACAGAGGAGCGCAAGGUGAAGCGCCAAAAGCGAGAUGAGGCUCAGUAUGAUUUCGAGCGGAUGAAGGGAGCCACUUUGCUUUCCGAGGGCAUCGACGAAAUGGUGGGCAUUGUCUAUCGACCCAAGACCCAAGAAACUCGCCAGACUUACGAGGUACUACUCAGUUUCAUCCAAGAGGCUCUAGGGGAUCAGCCCAGAGACAUCCUGUGCGGUGCCGCCGACGAAAUUCUUGCUGUGUUAAAAAAUGAUCGCCUGAAGGAUCGGGAGCGAAAAAGAGAUGUGGACAGUCUGCUAGGUGCAGUCACCGAUGAGCGCUUUGCCCUGCUGGUUAACUUAGGCAAGAAGAUCACAGAUUUUGGCAGCGAUGCGGUAAAUGCGUUGACAGCAGCUCCCAACAACGAGGAGCAGAUCGAUGAAACUUACGGCAUCAAUGUGCAAUUUGAGGAAUCCGAAGAGGAGAGCGACAACGAUAUGUAUGGCGAGAUUCGCGAUGAUGACGCCCAGGAUGAAGGCGAGGAAGCGCGCAUUGAUCAUACCCUGCAUGCAGAGAAUUUAGCCAACGAGGAAGCUGCCAAUAAUGUAAAGAAAGAGCGCUCUUUGCAUCCUUUGGACAUUGAUGCCUAUUGGCUACAGCGUUGCCUGAGCAAGUUCUACAAGGAUGCCAUGGUGUCGCAGAGCAAGUCUGCUGAUGUGCUCAAGAUCCUCAAGGAUGCCGCCGACGAUCGCGAUUGUGAAAACCAGUUGGUGCUGCUGCUGGGCUACGACUGUUUUGACUUCAUCAAACAGUUAAAGCUCAACCGCCAGAUGGUAUUGUACUGCACCAUGUUGGCCUCUGCUCAAACAGACAGCGAACGUCAAAGAAUUCGCGAAAAGAUGCGGGGUAAUUCAACGCUGGCCAAGAUUCUGCGGCAAUUGGACACAGGAAAGUCCGAGGAGCAGGACGAGGGCGAGGCGCGUGGCAAUAAGAGAGGCAAAGGAGAUGCUGAAGAUGGUGGAGCGGCGGCUGCAGGUCAAGUAGCCGGUGUGCGGCAGCUGCUCGAGUUAGAAGAGAUGGCUUUCACUCAGGGAUCCCAUUUUAUGGCCAACAAGCGCUGCCAGUUGCCAGAUGGAUCCUACAGGAAACAACGCAAGGGAUACGAAGAGGUGCAUGUGCCUGCUCUGAAGCCAGUACCUUUCGAUGCCAACGAGGAACUUCAGCCAGUGGACAAGCUCCCGAAAUACGUCCAGCCUGUGUUCGAAGGUUUCAAGACCUUGAAUCGUAUUCAAAGUCGUUUGUACAAGGCCGCAUUGGAUAGUGAUGAAAAUAUGUUGCUGUGUGCCCCUACUGGAGCUGGUAAAACUAACGUGGCUUUGCUUACAAUGAUGCGGGAGAUUGGCAAGCACAUCAAUGAGGACGGCACCAUCAAUGCACAGGAUUUCAAGAUCAUCUACGUGGCUCCUAUGAAAUCGUUGGUGCAGGAAAUGGUGGGUAACUUUGGACGACGCCUUGCCUGCUAUAAUCUGACUGUCUCUGAGUUGACUGGAGAUCACCAGCUGACAAGGGAGCAGAUUGCAGCCACCCAGGUGAUUGUGUGCACGCCAGAGAAGUGGGAUAUCAUUACUCGUAAGGGAGGAGAGCGUACCUUUGUGAGCUUAGUGCGAUUGGUAAUCAUCGAUGAGAUCCAUCUGCUUCAUGACGAGCGUGGUCCAGUACUGGAGGCCCUGGUGGCACGAACAAUAAGAAACAUUGAGACCACCCAGGAGGAAGUGCGAUUAGUGGGACUUUCGGCUACACUACCAAACUAUCAGGACGUCGCAACCUUCUUACGCGUCAAGCCCGAUAAAGGCCUCUUCUACUUUGAUAACAGCUACAGGCCAGUGUCCUUGGAGCAGCAGUAUAUUGGUGUGACGGAAAAGAAGGCUCUGAAGCGCUUCCAGGUGAUGAACGAGAUUGUUUACGAAAAGACCAUGGAGCAUGCUGGGCGGAAUCAGGUGCUUGUUUUUGUACAUUCACGAAAGGAGACUGGAAAAACGGCCAGGGCUGUAAGGGACAUGUGCCUGGAGCAAGAUACCCUUGGUAGCUUCUUAAGGGAAGGGUCUGCCAGCAUGGAAGUGCUGCGCACUGAAGCAGAGCAAGUGAAGAACACAGAGCUAAAAGAGCUGCUGCCCUACGGAUUCGCCAUUCAUCAUGCUGGAAUGACGCGCGUUGAUCGUACCCUGGUGGAAGAUCUUUUCGCGGAUCGGCAUAUUCAGGUUCUAGUUUCCACGGCCACUCUAGCUUGGGGUGUGAAUCUCCCAGCUCAUACGGUAAUCAUCAAGGGAACGCAGGUCUACAAUCCGGAAAAAGGACGCUGGGUGGAGCUGAGUGCUUUGGAUGUCCUUCAGAUGUUGGGUCGUGCCGGAAGACCGCAGUAUGACACCAAGGGUGAGGGUAUUCUUAUAACCAAUCACAGUGAGCUGCAGUUUUAUCUCUCUCUGCUCAACCAGCAGUUGCCAAUUGAGUCGCAAUUUAUCUCUAAGCUGCCUGACAUGCUGAAUGCUGAGAUUGUGUUGGGAACCGUCCAACAUUUACAGGAUGCAGUUAAUUGGUUGGGGUACACAUAUUUGUACAUCAGAAUGCUCAGGAAUCCCACGCUGUAUGGAGUAUCGCACGACGCUAUAAAGGCGGAUCCUCUGUUGGAGCAGCAUCGCGCAGAUCUCUUGCAUACCGCUGCUUGCUGUCUGGAGAGGAGUGGCCUUGUAAAAUACGAUCGAAAGACAGGACAUUUCCAAGUUACAGAUCUGGGACGCAUUGCCUCUCACUAUUACCUAACACACGAAACUAUGCUGACUUACAACCAACUGCUAAAGCAAACUCUCAGCGAGAUUGAGCUAUUCCGUGUGUUCUCUUUAUCCUCAGAGUUCCGUCACAUUUCUGUCAGAGAAGAAGAAAAGUUAGAGCUGCAAAAGCUAAUGGAACGAGUGCCCAUUCCCAUUAAGGAGUCUAUUGAGGAGCAUAGCGCAAAGGUUAAUGUUUUGUUGCAAGCCUACAUAUCCCAAUUGAAACUGGAGGGCUUUGCCCUGAUGUCGGACAUGGUAUUCAUUACCCAAUCCGCAGCUCGUUUGAUGAGGGCUAUCUUUGAAAUUGUGUUGACCCGCGGAUGGGCUCAAUUGGCGGACAAAACGUUGACGCUCUGCAAAAUGAUCGAUCGGAGGAUGUGGCAAUCGAUGACUCCACUUAGACAGUUUAAGAAGAUGCCCGAUGAGAUUGCCAAGAAGCUGGAGAAGAAGCACUUUCCUUGGGGCCGGCUUUAUGACUUGGAGCCCCAUGAACUGGGUGAGCUUAUCAGAGUGCCCAAACUAGGAAAGACCAUUCACAAAUUUGUACACCAGUUUCCCAAGUUGGAGCUUUCCACGCACAUUCAGCCCAUAACAAGGGGAACACUAAGAGUGGAACUUACCAUCACACCAGAUUUCCAAUGGGAUGAGAAGGUGCAUGGCCAGUCAGAAGGUUUUUGGGUGUUGAUAGAAGAUGUGGACUCUGAACUCAUUCUGCAUCACGAGUUCUUCCUAUUAAAGCAAAAGUACUCCCAAGAUGAACAUCAGUUGAAGUUCUUUGUGCCUGUUUUCGAGCCGCUACCGCCGCAAUACUUCUUGCGAAUUGUUUCGGAUCGCUGGAUUGGAGCAGAGACACAGUUGCCAGUCUCCUUCCGACACUUGAUUCUGCCGGAAAAGAAUAUGCCACCUACGGAGCUGUUGGAUCUGCAGCCUCUCCCCAUUAGUGCCCUCCGCCAGCCUAAGUUUGAAUCGUUUUACUCGCAACGGUUCCCACAAUUCAAUCCUAUCCAGACACAGGUCUUUAAUGCCGUCUACAAUAGUGAUGAGAACGUUUUUGUUGGAGCUCCAACCGGAUCUGGAAAGAUGACCAUUGCAGAGUUUGCCAUUAUGCGCUUGUUCACCACUCAAUCAGAUGCUCGUUGUGUCUAUUUAGUUUCGCAAGAUGCUUUGGCAGAUCUAGUCUUCACAGAUUGGCACAACAAGUUUGGUUCCCUGGACAUAAAAGUGGUUAAAUUGACUGGUGAAACUGGAACCGAUCUGAAAUUGAUUGCGAAGGGACAGCUGGUUAUCACUACAGCAGAUAAAUGGGAUGUGUUGUCACGCAGAUGGAAGCAGAGGAAGAACGUCCAACUAGUGAACCUUUUCAUUGUGGACGAACUUCAGUUGGUUGGUGGAGAGGAUGGCCCUGUGUUGGAAAUUGUGUGCUCUAGGAUGCGCUACAUUAGCUCGCAGAUUGAGAAACAGAUCAGGAUAGUAGCCUUGUCCGCCUCGCUGACCGAUGCUAGGGAUGUGGCCCAGUGGUUGGGCUGCAAUCCCAAUGCCACAUUUAACUUCCACCCAAGCGUGCGUCCCAUUCCAUUAGAGCUGCACAUCCAAGGUUUUAAUGUCACCCACAACGCCACCAGAAUUGCCACAAUGUCCAAGCCGGUUUACAAUGCCAUACUCAAGUAUAGCGCCCACAAGCCUGUGAUCGUAUUCGUAUCGUCCAGAAAGCAGGCCAGACUGACGGCUAUUGAUGUCCUGACCUACGCUGCCUCGGAUUUGCAACCGAACAGGUUCUUCCAUGCAGAAGAGGAGGAUAUCAAACCGUUCCUGGAGCGAAUGACAGAUAAAACUCUGAAGGAGACCCUAGCUCAAGGAGUGGCAUAUCUUCAUGAAGGUUUAUCCUCCUCCGAUCAUCGACUGGUGGAACAACUUUUUGACUCUGGCGCUGUGCAAGUUGCAGUUGUCUCUAGGGAUCUUUGCUGGGGAAUGAGCAUCUCUGCUCACUUGGUGAUCAUUAUGGACACACAAUUCUAUAACGGCAAGAAUCAUUCGUAUGAGGAUUAUCCCAUCACCGAUGUGCUGCAGAUGAUUGGACGAGCCAAUCGACCCAACGAAGAUACCGAUGCCAAAUGCGUAUUGAUGUGCCAGAGCAGCAAGAAGGACUUCUUUAAGAAGUUCAUCAACGAGCCGCUACCCAUCGAAAGUCAUUUGGACCACCGAAUGCACGAUCACUUCAAUGCCGAGGUGGUGACUAAGACGAUUGAGAACAAGCAGGAUGCUGUGGACUAUCUCACCUGGACGUUCCUGUACAGGAGAUUGACCCAAAAUCCCAAUUACUAUAAUCUCCAGGGUGUCACACAUCGACAUCUCUCCGAUCAUCUUUCGGAGUUGGUGGAGAACACACUGAGCGAUCUGGAGCAGUCUAAAUGUAUCAGCGUGGAGGAUGAUAUGGAUACAUUACCACUCAAUCUGGGCAUGAUUGCGGCAUAUUAUUACAUUAACUAUACAACAAUUGAACUCUUCAGUUUGUCCCUCAACAGCAAAACGAAAGUGCGCGGCCUGCUUGAGAUCAUUUCAUCGGCUGCUGAAUACGAGGAUAUUGUUGUCAGGCAUCAUGAAGAGCAGGUUCUGCGCACGUUGUCCCAGCGUUUGCCUAACAAACUUACUGGUCCUAAUGAAACGGCACCAAAGUUCAAUGAUCCGCAUAUUAAGACCAAUUUGCUGCUCCAAGCUCAUCUUUCGAGAUUGCAGUUGGGGCCUGAAUUGCAAGGAGAUACGGAACAGAUAUUAAGCAAGGCCAUCCGGCUCAUCCAGGCCUGUGUUGAUGUGCUGAGUUCCAAUGGCUGGCUCUCCCCGGCUGUGGCGGCCAUGGAGCUGGCACAGAUGGUAACGCAGGCCAUGUGGAGCAAGGACUCUUAUUUGAAACAGUUGCCGCACUUUAGUCCCGAGAUUGUCAAGCGGUGUACAGAAAAGAAAAUCGAAACCGUUUUCGAUAUCAUGGAACUGGAGGACGAGGAUCGUACCCGCCUACUGCAGCUUUCUGACUUACAAAUGGCCGAUGUGGCUCGUUUCUGUAACCGGUAUCCGAAUAUUGAGCUUAACUACGAAGUUGUAGACAAAGAUCGGAUUAACUCAGGGUCAACCGUCAAUGUGGUUGUUCAAUUAGAGCGUGAGGAUGAGGUCACCGGCCCAGUCAUUGCUCCCUUCUUCCCACAGAAACGUGAGGAAGGAUGGUGGGUUGUUAUUGGUGAUCCCAAGACCAACUCCCUGCUCUCUAUUAAACGGCUUACACUCCAGCAAAAAGCAAAGGUCAAGCUGGACUUUGUGGCUCCUAGUCCAGGCAAACACGACUACACACUAUACUAUAUGAGCGAUUCCUACUUGGGUUGCGAUCAGGAAUACAAGUUUUCUAUAGAAGUGGGAGAUUUCCAGUCGGAAAGCGAGAGCGAGUCAGAUUAGUUAUUUUAAGAAACAUCAGUUGGGCUUAGUCGCGCAAACAAAGAUCAACCAUUUUACAAUUCAAUCCCAUUAAUUGCAGCAAUAUUUUAAAACAACACUGGAAAACUUCAUUUAUUAUUAUUACUAGAUCCUUCAAAAAAAGAGUUGAACAAAAAUAAAUUUAAAAAUUACCAAAUACAGCG